AUGUGGCUGCUGUCUGGCGUUUGGAGGUUGUUUGGUGUCAUCUAUCUCACUCUUUCUUCAUCUUCCACAGCAAACGUGUUAGCGAUUAUUAUCUUAUCUCAAGGAUGCUGUGGUCUCUCCCGAUGCAUCACCUUCUACCUAUUGGCGAUAGCGGUCGCUGAUUUCUUAGUUAUCAUCAGUGGAUGUAUCCUCAACAGGAUUGGCCGCAUCUAUUUUAGCUACAGCGUUCUGUCCACCACCCCUGGCUGCAGUCUCACUGCUGUGCUGAUCUACGCCACGCGAGAUUGCUCCGUCUGGCUGACAGUGGCUUUCACCUUCGAUCGUUUUGUGGCCAUCUGCUGCCAGAGUCUGAAGACCAGAUACUGCACUGAGAAAACUGCGUCACGAGUCAUAGGGCUGAUCUGUGUCCUGCUCUGUAUCAAGAACGUCCCUUUCUACUUUAUCUACAAGCCCCUGUAUAUACUUGAUGCAGUGCCCUGGUUCUGUGAUAUCAAGGCGAUAUUCCACACUUCGCCCACUUGGCAGGUCUACCGAUAUUUAAACAAUAUACUUGUCCCCUUUCUUCCGUUAUUCCUCAUUGUGCUGUUCAACGCCCUCACUGUAAGACACAUUGUAAUGGCCAACAGAGCCCGCGAGAGACUCCGUGGAGCUGGAAAUGAUGGAGACUCAGAGAUGGUGAACCGCAAGAGGUCCAUUGUCCUGCUCUUUGCCAUCUCUCUUCGUUUCCUCCUCUUGUGGGUUACUUAUAUCGUACGCUUUCUCCACAGAAUGGUUACCGGUGAGGAGUAUGUUGGCAAACGGAACUUCAACGACCCCAAGUACAUCCUUCAAGAGACAACCAACAUGCUCACCUUACUCAGCUCCUGCAACAACAUCUUUAUCUACGUGGUAUCACAGAAAAUGUUCCGGGAAGAACUCAAGAAAAUACUGAUGCGUCCCUUCCAAAUAUUAACUGCCGGCACUAAGUGGUAG